CUCGCGAGAGCUGCGCCAGUUCCGCAUUUCGGAGCAGGGGGCUCAGGCGAGGGUGGGCGGCUCCGGCAUCCGUCAGAGCAUCCGUGUGUCCGUCCGUGAGGUCCGGGGCCCCGUCGCCCCCUCCUCCCCGGGGAGUCUCCUGCUGUUUGCCCGCACUGCGUCCCCCGCCCUGCCCCAAAGACGAGAUGAGCUUCCUCUUCAGCAGCCGGUCCUCCAAGACCUUCAAGCCCAAGAAGAACAUCCCGGAAGGUUCCCAUCAGUACGAGCUCCUGAAGCAUGCCGAGGCCACGCUGGGCAGCGGGAACCUGCGGCAGGCCGUCAUGCUGCCCGAAGGCGAAGACCUCAACGAGUGGAUUGCCGUCAACACCGUGGAUUUCUUUAACCAGAUCAACAUGCUGUAUGGGACGAUCACCGAAUUUUGCACAGAAGCGAGCUGCCCUGUGAUGUCUGCAGGCCCCAGAUACGAGUACCACUGGGCCGACGGCACCAACAUCAAGAAGCCGGUCAAGUGCUCUGCUCCCAAGUACAUCGACUACCUGAUGACGUGGGUCCAGGACCAGCUGGAUGAUGAGACGCUUUUCCCCUCCAAGAUUGGGGUCCCGUUCCCCAAGAACUUCAUGUCGGUGGCCAAGACCAUCCUGAAGCGCCUGUUCCGGGUCUACGCACACAUCUACUACCAGCACUUUGAUGCCGUGAUGCAGCUCCAGGAGGAGGCGCACCUCAACACCUCCUUCAAGCACUUCAUCUUCUUCGUGCAGGAGUUCAACCUGAUUGACCGCCGGGAGCUGGCCCCUCUUCAGGAGCUCAUCGAGAAGCUCGGCUCCAAGGACAGAUAGACGCCCCAGGAUGACGGCCAGCCUGACCCAGCCCCGGUCACAGCCCUGAUGUCAGGGCAGCUUCCUCUGCUACUGCCAUGCCUUCCCCUCAUUCAGUCAGGGUGCCUCGGUGGGACCGGAACCCCUUAGUCUUGCCUGGAGCCAGACUGGCCAAAGCCUUUGCACCCCUUGCCUCGGGGGCCCCCAGCCCCUGCUCCUGCAUCCUGGGUCAUUAAUAGCAGUUAUUUCUUCUAACAGGCCCCGUCGACUGGUACUUGUUCCCUGGUGGGGGUGGGGGGCCCCUCGCCCCUCCUAGCACCCUUCAUUGGCUUUUACUUCUAAGCAGAGAUUGGGAUUGGGGUCCAC